AUGUUCGAUAAACUCGUAGUAAUAGACGCCUAAGGCCAUUUAUAAGGUAGAUUAGCAUCAUAUGUAGCUAAAGAACUUUUAUCUGGCCAAAGAAUAGUAGUAGUUAGAGCAGAAGGAAUUAACAUUUCCGGUUCCUUAUUCAGAAACAGAGUUAAAUUCAGUGAAUUUUUAAAUAAAUGGAUGAACCAUAACCCUAGAAGAGGUUUCUAGCAUUUCAGAGCUCCUUCAAAGAUAUUUUGGAGAUGUAUAAGAGGCAUGCUUCCUCAUUUAACACCCAGAGGAGCUGCUGCUUUAUAAAAACUAAAAAUUUUUGAAGGAGUACCUGCUCCUUAUGAUAGAAUAAAGAAACAAGUAGUAGUUGAUGCAUUAAAAGUUUAAAGAUUGAAAAAUCAUAGACCAUAUUGCACAUUAGGUGAUUUAUGUAACUCUGUCGGAUGGAGCAAAUAAACCCUUGUUGAUUAACUCGAAACUAAAAGAAAAACAAGAGCUACUACUUAUUUCUAAAAAAAAUUAUAAUAACACAAUAAUAGAGCUAAAGAAUUAUAAUUACCAUAAGUUAAAGUUAUUAAAGCUUAGCUUGCAUAAUAUGGAUAUUGAUUUUAAUUCUUUUAUUUUUUUUCUUAUAUUUAUAUUUGUUUAUUUUUUUAGUCUUUUGUAAUUUUUUU